AUGGCUCACUGUCAAAACAUAGGUCGUUCUGUACACUUAUUUAACCUUGAUCCAGCUGCUGAAAAAUUUGAAACCUUUAAUGUAUUUGUUAUUAUGACAAAUUUAGACAUUCGAGAUCUUAUUACUUUAGAAGAUGUUAUGGAGGAAUUACAAUAUGGGCCUAAUGGAGGAUUGAUAUAUUGUCUCGAUCAUAAUAAUCAUAAUCACAUUAUAAGAUUUUUAUUAAAUAAUAUGGAUUGGUUGGAAGAUGAAUUGGGAGAAUAUGAGGAUGAUUACUUGAUUAUCGAUUGUCCAGGUCAGAUUGAGCUUUACACACAUUUUCCAAUUAUUCGCCGUAUUUGUGAAUGUUUGCAAAAAAUGCAUUUUCGUAUUUGCGGUGUUUAUUUGUUGGAGAGUCAAUUUAUACAAGAUAAUUCGAAAUUUUUUGCUGGAGUCUUGAGUGCAAUGUCUGCAAUGAUUAGUAUAGAAAUACCACAUAUAAAUGUUCUAUCAAAAAUGGAUUUGUUAGGAAAGGUCAAAAAGAGAGAAUUAGAAAGGCGAGCGCAAAUUAUUGUCUCUCAUAACU